UACCCAUGUGGUAUCCUCUGUUCACCGUCGUUCAUUUGCACGCCGUCGCGGUUGCAGAACGGAUGCGCGAGAUUCACCGAAACUGUAUUUAUUUUCACAGACUAACAACUCGCAAUCAUGUUGGCUGUUUAUGCGCUGUCCGCCGUCUAUUUGUCUCUGUCCGUCUUCACAGUCGCCUUCACCGAAUCCACCGUUGCGGACGACGCCAGAAACUCAUUCCUUUGAAUGUGAUAAUGGAAUUGAAUAAAGUAACAAAUGUUUCAGAACUUUUUAUUAAAUUCAUGCCAGACACAAAUAUGAAUGAUGCUCAAAAACUUUAUACCACCAUAGGUUUCCAAAAUCGUAAUGCAUAUAGCACGGGAAUAAAAACAACGUUGAUACCUAAAGUGGCAAGCUGUUCUAUUGAACUUCAAACGGUCUGCCUUAAAGACACUGAUGAUCUUAGUUCAUAUUAUUAUCCAAUGUGUACUCGAGUAAACCGAUGUGGAGGUGGCUGUGGACAUGAUUUAUUGGCAUGUCGACCAACUAAAAUCGAAAUCCUCAACUUCGAAGUUAUAGUUUUACAGUAUAAAGGAUCGCAGAGAUCUGGGAAAUUUGAAUUUAAAGGGCUAAAAUCAGUGUCAGUAGACCAACAUUUGAAUUGCAAGUGCGAUUGUAUUAUUGAAAAAGAAAAUUGUACACCUUUACAAGUAUAUAAUCCUAACGAAUGUGGUUGUAUGUGCACCAAUGAAGAAGAUCGUCAUGAGUGUCAUGAUGAAUAUGGGUUAAAAUUGUGGAAUUCAACAGCUUGUGCGUGCCGAUCAUUGUAACUGAAGAAUAUACUUCAGGACUUAACAGUGUUAUGCUUGCGAGUGGAAACUAAUUAUAUACAAACACAAAUAAUUAAAAAAUUAAAUAAGCUUACUGGAAAACGUAAAUAACAAUUAUGUACAUGUGAUAGAAAUUUGAUUUAUCUUUUAUAAUUUAAAAUUUCAUUUACAAAGUUUAUGCAUAUACUAUAUUAUUAUAUUCUUAGACAUCAUAAUGGUGAAAAAUAUGUUCAUUAUACAAACGUAUAAUAUAAUAUUAAAGCUAUUACCAACUUACCAUACGGAAUAAAGUUGUAAUAAUCUCAACGCAAUCGUUUAGCACUAGUGUAUUAUAGUAUAUUCAAUAGUAUUAAUUAUUCAUUCUUCAA